GGUGCUUGAUGAACAUCCAAGCCCAUCUCUGCUCUCUGCAGAUCAGCUGCAGCUCAUGCUUGACACAGGGCUUCAGGAGACAGCUUCCUGGUGGUUAACUACUUGAGAGUGCAGGCAGCCAGUCAGCUUCACAAGCAAGCAGGAGAAAGUGUCUCACCUUGGAAAGGGAUUAAAAAAUGCUGGAAAGUGCAGACAAUGCUGUUAUGGAGCAGGAGGACUCUGCCUCCCGACGUGGAGAAAUGACGAGUUGGGAUAUCAAUGACAUCAAACUCCCCCAGGACGUCAGACAGAUAGACUGGUUUCAAGAAUGGCCAAAUUCCUAUGUAAAACAUAUCUAUAGCUCAGAGGAUAAAAAUGCUCAGAGGCACCACAGCAGCUGGGCAAUGAGAAACACCAACAACCACAACUCUCGCAUCUUAAAGAAGUCCUGCCUUGGGGUGGUGGUCUGCAGCAACGACUGCUCAACCCUGGAUGGGAGGAAGAUCUACCUAAGACCAGCUAUAUGUGAUAAAGCUAGGCAAAAGCAACAGCGCAAAUGCUGUCCCAAUUGCAAUGGACCCCUGAGGCUCCUUUCCUGCCGAGGCCACAGUGGUUACCCAGUUACCAACUUCUGGAGGCAUGAAGGCCAAUUUAUAUUUUUUCAGUCCAAAGGAGCUCAUGACCAUCCACGUCCAGAAACAAAACUAGAAGCAGAAGCUAGAAGAUCAAUCCAAAAAGCACAAAUAGCUUCUUCUCCAUCUUCUUCGAGACACGAAAGCAUCCAGGAGACUGAGCCCCUGACAGGUGCAAUGCUGACGCGGGAGGCUUUGCCCUGGUUGCUCUCCAAGCCAGACCCUCGCAUGCUGCCUGCUGACUUGGAGAGAUGCUUGAGCAAAAGUUCACAAGCGCCAACGCUGGGAAACUGCUCUGAGCAGCCACCAUACCCAAGGGUGGCUGGGGAGGAUGACUGCUCCAGAGAGGUGCCAGCCUGGAGCAGGAGCCCUGCCCUCGGGAGGAUCCCCAGCACCGGGAGCUCUUGGGGCAGCUCUGCCAUUGCCACUCCCUGCACAGCCCCUUCCUCCCAGCACUGCAGCCAGCACAUCAUGCCCGCAGCAAAGGGUGGCCGUGGCCCCCUCAAGCCUAACGCUGGCCCUCUGGGAGCUGAGCCCCGUGAGAAGAAGUCCCCACUGGCCUGCAGUGGAAGCUGCCUCCCUCUGCCACCAUAUCCUGCCCGUCAGGGAGGCCUUUGCCCUGGAGUGAAUGGGGCACAAGCCCAGCACCAGGAAGCCAUGGGGACAGGGCUGAGGGAGGGCACUGUGCAGGUCUCACCUGCUGCAGUGAUGACAUGUUUUUUAGCCUGGACCCAUUACGGUGACCAGGUUUAAGUGUCCUCUUUCCCCUUCCCUCUGGCAAUAAGCCUAACUCUCUGCCAGCGUUGAAACACAGCUGUGAAAGCGCUGCCACACCUCUUGCAUCUUUAGCUCCUCUUGCCGGACUCACCAGAGGCUUUCACACCUGAAAGCCUGUCUUUGUGCUUUUGGAGGUUUAUACUGGUGUAUGUCCCCCCACUAUUUAAUUGAUCUAAUAAAAGAUACCAGCUCCUCUUA